CAGGAUGCGAUCCGUACACUGAACACGCUGCAGACCAAUGCCAGUUACCUGGACCAGGUGAAGAGGCAGAGGAGUGAUCCUCAGAUUCAGCUUGCUGCUAUGAAGGGCUUCUUGGAGAGAAGCGGACUGACAGUGGAAGACUUGGAUCAGCUAAAUAUAAUUCAUGUGACUGGAACAAAGGGCAAGGGGUCCACAUGUGCCUUCACCGAGCAGAUUCUGCGGAACUGUGGCCUAAAGACUGGAUUUUAUAGCUCUCCCCACCUGGUACAAGUGAGAGAGAGGAUCCGGAUCAAUGGGCAGCCAAUAAGCAAGGAACUGUUUAGCAAAUAUUUCUGGCAAAUUUACAAUCGUCUGGAAGAGUCCAAGACUGAUGACUACUGCUCCAUGCCCGCUUACUUCCGCUUCCUGACCAUUAUGGCAUUCCAUGUGUUCCUUCAGGAGAAGGUAGAUCUGGCUGUGCUGGAGGUGGGAAUUGGUGGAGCAUAUGACUGCACAAAUAUUAUCCGGAAACCCAUUGUUUGUGGAAUUUCCUCUCUUGGUAUUGACCACACAGCCAUCCUGGGAGACACUAUUGAGAAAAUUGCCUGGCAAAAAGGGGGCAUAUUUAAGCCUGGUGUUCCAGCGUUUACUGUCCCUCAGCCUGCCAGUCCUCUUCAGGUGCUGAUUAGUAGAGCACAGGAGAUUGGAUGUCCUUUAUACAUGUGUCCAGACAUGGCUGAAUAUGAGGAGGAGGGGAAGUCUCUUCAUCUGGGUCUGGCUGGAGAUCAUCAGAAAUCAAAUGCAUCCCUGGCUCUACAGUUGGCACAGAUGUGGCUCCAGCAAAGGGGAUGCAAAGGGUUUGGAGACCCAAAACUUCCCAAUCAGAUGCUUCCUUUAGUAAAGUGGCCACUUUCCUUGGCAUCCGCUUUCCGUCCUAGUCUUCCAAUGGUUAAAGGUUUACAGGACACAUUAUGGUUGGGGCGAACGCAGGUGCUGCAGCGCGGUCCUAUAUCUUAUUACAUUGAUGGUGCUCACACAAACAGCAGUGUUAAGGCCUGCGUCAGAUGGUUCCAAGACGUGGCGCUCAAUGAGGAGAAAGCUGGAGCGGGGUCUGUGGUCCGGGUCAUGCUUUUUAAUGCCACGGGUGAGAGGGACACAGCCGCAUUGUUAAAACUUCUUCAGCCCUGCCAUUUUGACUAUGCUGUCUUCUGUCCUAACAUCAGUGAGAUGUCCGGAGUGGGGAUUGCAGAUCAGCAGAAUUACAAUGUGACGCUGGAGAAUGUUCUGACCCGAUGUCUAGAGAACCAGAAGAAGUGGAACAUGUUAAUGGAGGAGAGAAGCUGUUCUGAUCCCUGGGCCUCCCCGCUGCCUGUUGACACCCUGAUUAAGGACAGCCCCCGCAGUUCUCCCUUGCUCCUCGCCCCUUCUUCAGAUAGACUCUUAAACUGUAAUUCACUAGUGUUCCCCUGUAUUUCCCAUGCCCUGCAGUGGGCCACUCAGGGGCGGGACCCUGACUUCCCUUGCCUGGACAACAACUUGCUCCACCACCACCCAGUGGCUAGCUCUGGUGCCAUACUACUAAGAGAAGCUGCCCACAUCCAGAUCCUCAUCACUGGGAGCCUUCACCUGGUGGGGGGAGCUCUGAAGCUAAUAGACCAAUCUCUCACUCAUUGA